GCUGUAGCAAAAGGAAUAUGCUUAUCACAAACGGGAGACUGGUUCUUGGGGAUGUAAAUCAUGCUAGCAUCUCUCUUGGUUUACGCGCAAAUUAGAUCGACACAGCGGCUGCACAAGGCUUCAAACUUGGUCGAAUAAAUAAUAAAAUACUGCUGUUCUCUUUUUUUUAUAUAUAAAAAAAUAUAUGGAACUUCCAACAACUGAGCAAUCAAACUGUGCUAUAUUUUCUUAGAUACAGAAAAUAAUACACGUUUGUAGAAUUUAUUUAACACAGUGUGGUUGUUAUUUUGUAUUAUCAUUUCGCAGGACGAAUUAAAGAUGUAUAAAAGAAUUAACAGUGGACUUGAUGCUUUGGGCAGGCGUUGCUGAAUCGGUCACCGGAGAGGAUUGUUGCAAGCUUUGCCCCAGAUGCAAUUUACCAAGGAAGACGCUCUUCUGCAGGGGACGUUUAAAUCAACCACACGCCAGGGACAGGCAGCUGGAUGUCAGUCCAAGAUGUGCAGCGAGUGCUAUACCAACCAGACCUUUGUUUAUGAUGAUGGGACAGCACAUAAAUGCACAGCCAGGCUCUCCCCCGAAAGCACCCAGAAGAACAACAGCAGCAACACUGGAGUUAUUCUGGAUAUUUCCAACCUCAAAAUGAACGAUAUGGACUCGGAGGUACCCCCUCUUCCACCCCGAUACAGAUUUAGGGAUUUACUGCUGGGAGACCAAUCCUUUCAAAACGAGGACAGGGUGCAGGUUGAGUUUUACGUCAAUGAAAAUACCUUCAAGGAGAGACUGAAGCUUUUCUUCAUUAAAAACCAAAGAUCAAGUUUAAGAAUCCGACUCUUCAACUUCUCUCUCAAGCUGCUCUCCUGUCUCUUGUACAUUGUACGGGUUUUACUGGAUGAUCCAACAGAGGGCAUUGGAUGCUGGGGGUGCCCUAAACAGAAUUACACCGCUCAUGCAAACGUAACAGAAAUCAGAUGGGCUCCCAUUCUUUGGGUGGACAGAAGACUAGCAGUAUGGGCUAUUCAGGUUAUCGUGGCCUUAAUAAGUUUCUUGGAGGCUAUGCUUCUUGCAUAUCUGAGCUACAAGGGAAACAUCUGGGAGCAGAUCUUCCGAAUAUCCUUCAUUCUGGAGAUGAUCAACACAGCCCCCUUCAUAAUUACUAUAUUCUGGCCUCCAUUGAGAAACAUAUUUAUUCCAGUUUUUUUAAAUUGCUGGCUGGCUAAAUGUGCUCUAGAGAGUAUGAUAAACGACUUACAUCGAGCCAUCCAGAGGACUCAGUCAGCAAUGUUCAACCAAGUUCUCAUUCUCAUCUGCACUCUUCUGUGUCUCGUGUUUACUGGGACCUGUGGAAUUCAGCACCUGGAGAGAGCUGGAAACAACCUCUCCCUCUUCAAGUCCUUGUAUUUCUGCAUCGUCACAUUCUCCACUGUUGGGUACGGGGACGUGACGCCUCAGAUCUGGCCGUCUCAGCUUCUUGUAGUCAUCAUGAUCUGUGUGGCUCUUGUGGUGCUGCCUCUUCAGUUUGAGGACUUGGUGUACCUGUGGAUGGAACGGCAGAAAUCUGGUGGGAAUUAUAGCCGCCACCGCGCUCAGACAGAGAAGCAUGUGGUGCUGUGUGUCAGCUCCCUGAAGAUAGACCUCCUCAUGGACUUUCUCAAUGAAUUCUAUGCACAUCCCAGACUUCAGGAUUAUUAUGUGGUGAUUCUGUGCCCGACGGAGAUGGAUAUUCAGGUACGGCGAGUCCUACAGAUUCCUCUGUGGUCACAGCGGGUCAUCUACCUGCAGGGGUCAGCUCUGAAGGACCAAGACCUCAUGAGGGCCAAAAUGGAUGAUGCUGAAGCCUGUUUCAUUCUGAGCAGUCGGAAUGAGGUGGAUAGGACAGCAGCAGACCAUCAGACAAUCCUGAGAGCAUGGGCUGUGAAGGACUUUGCACCAAACUGCCCGCUCUACGUCCAGAUACUGAAGCCAGAAAAUAAAUUUCAUGUUAAAUUUGCAGAUCACGUAGUUUGUGAAGAAGAGUUUAAGUACGCCAUGUUGGCUCUGAACUGUAUUUGUCCUGCCACAUCCACCCUUAUCACUCUGUUAGUUCACACGUCCCGAGGACAGGAAGGCCAGCAGUCUCCUGAACAGUGGCAGCGGAUGUAUGGCCGGUGCUCAGGGAACGAGGUCUAUCACAUCAGUCUGGGAGACAGCAAGUUCUUUGGGGAGUACGAGGGGAAGAGUUUCACCUACGCUUCCUUCCACGCACAUAAAAAGUACGGUGUGUGUUUGAUCGGAGUCAAGAGAGAAGACAAUAAGAGCAUCCUUUUGAACCCAGGUCCCAGACACAUCAUGGCAGCCUCGGAUACCUGUUACUACAUCAACAUCACCAAGGAGGAGAACUCCGCUUUCAUCUUCAAACAGGAGGAGAAGCACAAGAAGAAGGGAUUGGCUCCCGGGGGGCUGUACAGUGGACCUUCCAGACUCCCUGUCCACAGCAUCAUCGCCAGCAUGGGUACUGUUGCUAUGGACUUGCAGAACACGGAGUGCCGCCCCAACAGCAGCAGUAGUAAACUAGCCCUGCCCACCGAGAACGGAGAAAACAGCAGAAGGCCUAGCAUCGCCCCAGUUCUGGAGAUAGCAGACUCCACCUCAAUCCUACCAUGUGACCUGUUGAGCGACCAAUCAGAAGAUGAAACAGCCCAGUCGGAUGACGAAGGACUGCCUGCUCUGGAGUAUGUGAAAGGGUACCCUCCCAAUUCACCUUAUAUCGGGAGCUCUCCAACCUUGUGUCACCUACUGCCUCAGAAAGCACUGUUCUGCUGUCUGAGAUUGGACAAGGGCUGUAAGCACAACAGUUUUGAAGAUGCUAAGGCGUAUGGCUUUAAGAAUAAGCUGAUUAUUGUUUCGGCAGAGACUGCUGGGAAUGGGUUGUAUAACUUUAUAGUUCCUCUGCGAGCCUACUAUAGACCCAGAAAAGAACUGAACCCAAUCGUACUGCUUCUGGAUAACCCACCUGAUAACCACUUCUUGGAGGCAAUCUGCUGUUUUCCUAUGGUGUACUUCAUGGCUGGAACCAUUGAUAACCUGGAUAACCUGCUCCAGUGUGGCAUCAUCUACGCUGACAAUCUGGUCGUAGUUGAUAAGGAGAGCACCAUGAGUGCUGAGGAGGACUACAUGGCAGAUGCUAAAACUAUCGUCAAUGUCCAAACUAUGUUCAGGCUAUUCCCUAGUCUCAGCAUUAUCACAGAACUCACACACCCCUCCAAUAUGAGGUUCAUGCAGUUCAGAGCCAAGGACUGCUAUUCCCUCGCGCUCUCCAAACUGGAAAAGAAGGAGCGUGAAAAAGGCUCAAACCUGGCCUUCAUGUUCAGACUCCCAUUCGCAGCUGGCAGAGUGUUCAGCAUCAGCAUGCUGGAUACAUUGCUGUAUCAGUCAUUCGUGAAGGAUUACAUGAUACCUAUAGCAAGGUUAUUACUGGGCCUUGACACAACCCCAGGGUCAGGAUACCUGUGUGCUAUGAAGAUCACAGAAGAUGAUUUGUGGAUUAGAACAUAUGGCAGGUUAUUCCAAAAGCUGUGCUCAUCCAGUGCUGAAAUUGCCAUUGGCAUGUACAGGACAGAAUCCCAUAUGUUUGCAACAUCUGAGUCACAAGACAUUGGUCCACAGUCCCAGAUCUCCAUCAAUGUUGAGGAGUGUGAGGACACAAAGGACGUGAAAGAACCGUGGAACCAAAAAGGCAGCCACAGGAACUCCACCUCCAGUGACCAAUCGGAUCACCCGUUGCUGAGGAAGAAGAGCAUGCAGUGGGCACGGCGACUGAGCAGGAAAGGAAACAAGCAGACGAGUAAAACGGAGCGAAUCAGCCAGCAGAGACUGAAUCUGUACCGCCGCUCAGAGAGACAGGAGCUUUCUGAGCUGGUGAAAAACAGAAUGAAGCACCUGGGUUUGCCGACCACAGGUUACGAGGAUGUAGCAAAUUUAACUGCCAGUGAUGUGAUGAAUCGGGUAAACCUAGGAUAUUUGCAAGAUGAAAUGAAUGACCAUCAGAACACCAUGUCUUAUGUUCUAAUCAACCCUCCACCAGACACACGGCUUGAGCUCAAUGAUAUAGUGUACCUGAUCCGCUCAGACCCUCUGGCUCAUGUUCCUAAUGACACUCAAAAUGGAAAAGGUAACUUCAGUAUGAAACAAGACUUUGGCAGUGAAACCAGAGAUGAAACGCAGCUCUGAAUUCUGAACCCCAGCCUUGAACAUGCUUACUGCCAUUUACUUUAUAAAGAUGCAUGGAGGUGUGCUGGCAUUAAACAUCCACUGGCUAGAGACAGCCACCUUCCCUGGGAACCCAGGAACUGGGAACAGAGAGGAGAAUGAUCUUGAAAACCAGAAGUGUGAGUUAAACCAAUGGGAAAUGUGCAUAAUGAGCACCACUUCAUUAGAUCUGCAAUGCGCUAACUGGAGUGAGAACUGAGGCUUUGAAAUCGUGUUGGCCCCUAUUCAUCGAGCUUUAACUCAUUACUUACUUAGUCUGUUUGUAUGAAUAAAAUACAGUUUUAGAUUGUAGUUCAUUAACAGCAAUCUAUAACUAUAGCUUAUUGAUAUGUUAUUAAUAUCAAACUUUUAAUCAAGAGAAAAAGAAUAGUUAAAGUUUCUGAUUAGGGCCCAUCGUCACUGCCCCUCUUACUGAGUUGCUGAAGAUCUUGUGGGUCAGUCAGGACAACUCAAGUGAUUUAAAACUAGCUUUUUAUUAUAGAAUAGAAACAAUUGGCAUCAGCACAUAUCACAGCAUUUUGACUUGGCAUUGGCACUUGGUGCUGCCUUGAAAUGUGAUUGAUAUUUCACUGGCGAGGUGGAAGCACAGCCGCGUGCUGUGUAGGGUGAGUCAUAGUCAGGAGAGCGCAGGUUCGCAUCCUGGCUGUGCAGUCGCAAGGCAUCGCUGGGGAUUCCAGGAGCGUCACAUUGGCCAUGGUGCUCCUGUGGGCUAGGGAAGCAAAACCAGAAGGGACUGUUUCUCCGCAUCGCGUACAGCGGACCCUACCGACCAGGCGUCCAGUAAGCUCAGGUGGACACCUUCAGAGCUGGCCUUUGUUCAGAGGCCAGUAGCUCACUGACGUCUGCUUUCAAGUUUCUGGGGGUAGAAGAGGAAUCUGGCUUGGUCGUGGGAUCGGACUUUCAGUUCUCCUGAGCUGUGUGGGGAGUUGCUGCGGUGAGGGGAAAAAAUAAUGGGACAUACUUACUUAAUUGGGGAGAAAAUUGGGGGUAAAAUAAUUGGGCACUCAAAUGUAAAAAUAAAAAAUUAUGUUGGCAGGUGUAUUUAGUUUCCUGAAAUUCCACAUAGCUUCAAAGAUCUUCACCUUAGCGACAGAGGUGAUUUUAAAGCCUUGGUUAUUGCUCUGAGAAAGUUGAUCUAGAAAAUGUUUUAAAUAACAAAUACUUUAUAUAACUCCACGUUUAGUAUUUGUGUUCAGUAAGGUUUAUACCAAAUGUUUGAACCUUUCACUAAGCAUAUAUAUAUAUAUAUAUAUAUAUAUAUAUAUAUAUAUAUAUAUAUAUAAUGUGUGUGUGUGUGUUUUAAGCAAUUUCUAAAUCACCAAAAGGCUGCUGUUAAAGGACCUUGUGUUGUUUGAAUGGUUCUAUGUCCAUAUUGAUCUAGCAGUGCCCUACACUAAAGAUGGCUUAACCUUGACGUAACUCACCUUUGUACGUCCAGAAUUAAACAGGUGAAUAUCAGGGACUUCAGCACCCCCAUUGUGAAUCUUGUUUUAAACAGCUGAUAUUAUUUAUUUAUUUUUAUUGAAGACGUGGAUAUAGUUACAGAUAUCCAACAUGUUUUAGUUUUUACCAUACCACUUAUAUCAUGUAGCAAACCCCCUUUUUGCUGGACACGGAAAACCGCACAUUAAGAACUGUCGUCUAAAGUAGGAAUGUACAGCAGUUCAAGAGCAUGUAGAGUUUUGUGGUGUUGAUAUUUAAGAUUAAACCUGAUCAGUUAAAUUAGUAUGGUACUUUGAAUGCAGUGCUAUUUGCUGUGCUUUGAAAGAAUCAAUAAAAGCAGUAAUAUAGUAACUUGAAAAACCAACCUUUUCCUAUGUGGAACCCUUUUUCAACUUUCCCAUGCUUUGUUUUCCUGGGGGUCAUUAAUCAAGUGACCCUGUUGAGAUUAGUUAAACUGGUGCCAAAAUUAUAUAGGAAAACCAAUACAGGUACAGUGCUCCCUGCACAUUUCACAAUUCCAGAAUUCACUAAUUUCGCUAAUUUACAUUUCAUGCAUUUAGUUGACAAUGAAUUGUACCAGUACAUGUUUUACUUUAAAAGGACCCUUUUAUAGCUCAGUGUUAUCAAUAGUCCAUGUUUUUUGAUGUGUAAGUUGGAUAGCGAAAUAGAGGGAGCACUGUAUAGGUUGAAAACUUGAAGCAGUCAUGGAAUCUUUACAGAAGAAUAUUGAUUGUUUUUACAAAACAAAUUCGGAUGGGUAUAUUUUAAAUGUUAUUGGAGGGAGCGAGAAAUAUACAAAUUCAGAGGUUCAAAAGUAGUGCUUUAUACUUCACAGCUGCUUGGCAACAGGAGCAAAAGGCACCUUGUUAGUUGCCAAUGGUUAGCAGGGGUGCUUUGAAAGUGGUAGACGUUUGCUAAAAUUAUAAAAGGGAGGCUUACAUUGUGUAUUUUUUGCCAUACAUAUUUAUUUAUAUUAAAUUCUCUGUUACUGUUUGGAACACAUUUGAAUUCUACUGUACUCUAGCCCAGCUAGGUUGUUUAUAAAUGUAAUUUAUGUAUAGCUGUACAUAACAACUUGGAGAUUUUGUCAGCUUAAAAAGCUGACCUGUUUGGUUGUAAAUUAUAAUUUAUUUAUUUAUCUGUGUGUGUGUGUAUUUAAACAAACAUUUUUCAAUAUGGGAACUUGGUUACUAAUACCUACUUAAUGUCUUUCCCUGAAUUACUAUAGUAAAAAACCCUUUAAAUAAAUCUAUUUGCACAUGGGAAUGGUUUCUCUAUCAUAUGCAUACGUUCUGCUUUUCAUUGUAAAAAACAACCCGGCCAACCUUAUAAACAUAGGCAUGUUUAUUAUUUCUCCUGUAUAAGACACUGAAACUAUUUCAUAUCUGUAUUUCUGGUUAUUUGUGUUGAGGGUUAAAAUGGGAAGACUUCAAACCUGCAGUCUUGGUACAAUGCUUAACAAUAGCAUAUCUAAAUACGACCACCAUAAUAAAGCAGUCAGAUAUUAACGUUCCUGAGACAAAAAUAAACUUAAUAGACUAACCAGCACUGUUGGAUUUUGUGAUUUUCAUAACCUGGGCCUUUUAUUGUUUAUGUAAACAAUGGCAUUAUAGUGAUACACGGCUGAUCCUCAUUCUGUUUUCUGUUGAGUGAUCAGUUUUUCCGUCACGAUUUUGUUUUUCAAAGCCUUGGUUUUUAUACCAUUUAGGGUGAAAUAUGUUUAAUACAGUAAUCUGCCGCAUAUCUGCCCUAACCAUUUAUCCGUCAUGAUCAAUCUCUUCAGCUACAUAUUGAACAGAGAUGAUUAGUUCAGAGAUUGUAGAGCCUACCAGAGUUUUCGUACACUGUUGUCUGUUCAGUGUGUUGAUAUGUAAAUAAAUCCUGUUCACCUGCGGGGCGUAUCAGCUUCAACCUCCGUCUCGAUCUCCUGCCUGUCACUCAGCAGCGAAUGCACGCACCCACACGGCAGAAGGCUACUUUGUCACAAGCAUUAAUAUCCUGUAUCUUUCUAAACAAGGGAUUUAGGGGAGCUCCCUAAAAAAGCUGAAUCUCAAAACAAUAAUCACAUGGAUAUAGUAAUUGUUACAGCUGUGUAUAAUGGUAUUUAAAACAGGAUUUAUUUAUCUGCCUUUUUACAUAUCCGCCCUUACUCUGCUCCCACCGCAGUCGGAUACACGAUAGAUUACUGUAUAUUGCUGUUUACAUAAACUAACAUAGUGCUCAGAAUGUCCUAUUUUGAAAGGAAACGACUGGUCUACUUUUAUUUGUGACCUGACAAUCAUACAUCUUUCUAUGCUAAUGAACAAUAAUAUCAUACAAAUUGCAUUAUCCUGCUGUUUAUCAUAACAUCACUCCUGUUUUUUUAAUUGUAUCAAUUUUAUCGUAUUUUAGACACAAAUAGUGCCAAUGAUUUGCAUUGAGAGAACAGUACCUCUGAAGAGAAUCUUAAGCAGGCUCUUGAAACUAUUCAAAGUUUGUAACAUUACAAUAAUUGAAAACUAGACUUUAGAAACAUUUCAUUUCUUGUAAUCCAUUUAUUUAUUUAUUUAUUUUAAUUAAUUGUGAUUUUAGAUUAUUUUGACAAUUAGGGACAGAAACUUGAACUCUCCCUAGCAAACUCACCAGGGUCCACUAGGGGGAGCUGUGAUGCAAUGAUCUUACAGUGGUGUAUCUACACUAACUACUGACGCUCUUUAAAUCUGUAUUGACCCCAGAAGUGAUUUAUAGACCCACCGACUGUCUUGGCAUUGCUACAUUUAAUAGAAAUCCACUAGGUUGUAAAGGGCAGCUGUAUUAAGGUCCACCACUCUUUAGAUGUAUUAAAAUAGACUCUGUUGCAUUUAGAAAGUGUAUCUGACACAAGUUGUACACAUGGUUUCAUUGAUUGAAAUGUGUAUAAUAUAUUAACAGGUAAAGUAAAAGACUGAAUCAAUUACAAUGAACAAGCAUAAUGUAUAUGCUUUUGUUAUCAAGGUGCCAACUACUGUGUAACCAAAUAACGUAUUCUAUAGCACAAAUUCACAAUACAUUCCUUUAGUUGGUCAGUGAAUAGUCAUGUAUUAAAAAGCACUUCAGCACAGCUGUAAAUAUCAGCCGAAAGGCCAUAAAAGAUAACAGGAAAAAAAAGGUAAUAUUUCUCACACAAAUGUGCAUGCAUUUUUAAUAAGAAAUCCCGGCAUUAUGCAUGUGACACCACAGUUUGCAUUAUCACAUGUUUACAGCAGUGUUACUGCAGUCUAUCGAACACUGCGAUGCAUGGUAUCACAGCAUUUUAAUAGUGUGUCAAACAUAAACUAUUGCUGUAGUUUUAUUAAUCAUUUAAAAAGGAACUCCCUUAUAAAUCACUUUUGUUUAAAAUAAAAUAUGCUAUGCCUUUUUGAAAUGUCUCCCAGUUUUCAGUGUGUUACAUGAGAAGUAGAUCACUAACUUUUCACAGCUCUUUUGUCAUUUCUUGAAUGUGGGGUGGGUGAGUUAUGGAAAUUAUGAAAAAACACAAAAGGAAAGCAAAUGUCUGUAUUUUUAGUUGAAAAUGUAAUGUGUACAUUUCAAUGUAUUGUCUAAAAUUUGUAAAGGACCGUGGAAUAUCUUGGACAAGAGCUUAAAAAAAUUAGUUAUUUUGAAAACUUAAAAGAAUUGUUUUAUAGCUGUCUCCUUUAAGACCAAUUCAUUUCAAAAUCUGUGUUUGUUUCAAUGUAGUCCUUCACAAAUUUGAAUAAAAUGUUGCUUUUUUUUUAACAGAAUCCUAGUUCUGUUUCACUGUGAAAAUUCCUGGAAUUUAAAAGUUAAUUUAUCAGACAUUUUAAAUAUUUAUUAGCAGGUUUUCAUUUAAACUGUACAUCAUUGUAUAAUUGUGACAUAUUACAAAUGCAUGUUCUUUGAUGCCAAAACUAUCACACGAAUGGGUGCGUUUCAGGAUUUCAAACAGACUGUGCAGAUUAUUAUAUGAACUGUAAAAGAAUAAACCAUUUUGUACAAUUUCUUAUAUGAAGCCAAUGUGCUUCAUUACUGUAUGUGAGAAUUCAAUAAAGUAGCUGCAUGCAGCCAUGAACUAUA